CCGACGCGCCGCCUUUCCAGCACGAGCCUCUGAGCAGUUCUAGACCAGCCAUAUCGAUCAAAGUUUGCCCACUGCUCGUGGAUAUGCACCCUUGCCCUGAGCUACUAGCAGUCGAUUCAUGCCCGUCAACCUGACGCAUGGGCCAAUGGCGUUGGGCCAUCAGUUCCAAAAACGGGAGGCUUACUUUGGCGGCCUCAAGUGCAUAGCCUAACGGCUGACUAGUACCUCGUAUGAAUGGAUAAUCCAAGGCGCUGGGCUGGCGGCCUAUCGCGCAGGAGAAAGGCAAGGCGCUAUUAUCCUUUGCCUUGUCCUCGCGCUACCUCGCAGGAUUUUCGCGCCUGCCUACGUCAUCAGAAGCAUUGUGCGACUCCAGCGUCAGCUUCUCGGUAUCAAUCGUUUCUUCGUUUCUGUGCUCAAUUGGCUUCGGAGACCUCAUGGUAGCGCUGGUCUUCGCACAAGGCCCAGAAAAUGAGCUCACCAAACCGGCAUUGGCUUAGCCACGAGGAUGGUUUCCACUCUUCUCCUCUGCAUACCCGGACAAGCACCCUGACAACAUUGAUCCGGACCCGUUCUCAGCAGAGCCUAUCGAGCCCACGGCAGUCACCUCCGGUGCCGCGCCAUCUCGUGGAAGAUGAAGAGACGGGACCUAUACGAAACUCGAGGUUGUGCAACGAAGAUGAAGCUACCAUUGAGAGACUCUUGCGGGACGAGCGACGGCUGUCGCAGAUCCUGCACGGUCCGCAGGCGCGAAGCUUGAGGCUCAUCGGGAGGAGUAACCCGCGGUAUCGCUGGGAACGGUACUGGAAGACGCAAGAACAACUCAAUGCGAUGAAGAAACCAAUACGCGAGUUCUACCAGAGAACAAACUCGCUUAUUCAACAGUACAUGUAUAUCGACUGUCUUCUUGAUUCUUCCAUCCCCCAUGAGCUCUUGAACGAAUAUGCAGAUGAGCUCGAGGCUUCGGCCUUUAGAUCCGUUGAUGUCCCGGAUACUAUUGCUGAAGAAACUCCCCAAGCCUCAUACAAGACCCAGUCACAUCUAGAUCAGGCUGAUGGAACAUAUGGCUCCAUCAAUAACACUUCCAGUAUGAACAAUAGCAGCUCAUUAUCAACUCUCAAGGGGUCACUUCCCCAGAGGCGAACUCCGAAAGACAUUUUCCGCUCUUCUGAGAACUUGCCUCUGUUACAGCACCAGGAUGACGAGGGCGUCGAUAGCGAGCCGCCCUCACGACCGCACUCCCCUCAGCCAGCUACACCCAAAGAAGCUGGCCCUCGGCCAAAUCUUCCGUGGUUGGAGGAUGCUGACUUGGAUCACGACGACCCCAUUGUGACUUUGGCUAUUUGGAUCAACCUCAUUGCAAAUAUCAUUCUUCUGGCAGGUAAAAUUGCCGUCAUCAUUUCUGUUCCUUCCAUGUCUGUCCUCGCAGCUUUGGUCGACGCUGUCCUUGAUUUGCUGAGUACCGCUAUCGUCUGGACGACAACACGGCUGAUCUCGGGAAGCCAGCGGGACCAGCACAAUUACCCCGUUGGACGCUCACGAUUGGAACCUCUUGGCGUACUAGUUUUCUCGGUCAUUAUGGUGACCUCCUUCUUCCAAGUCAGCCUUGAAUGUGUUCAGCGACUUGCUGGCCCAAAUCAUGACGUCCUCCAACUGGGAAUGCCAGCCAUCAUCAUCAUGAUAACAACCAUUGUAAUCAAAGGUGGCUGCUGGCUAUGGUGCCGGCUUGUUAAAAAUUCAAGUGUCCGGGCCUUAGCUGACGAUGCAAUAACUGAUGUCGUAUUUAAUAUCGGCUCCAUUCUGUUUCCAUUGGUUGGCUUCUAUGGCCGAAUCUGGUGGCUCGACGCUUCCGGCGGCCUCCUCCUCUCCCUCGUUGUGAUUCUUAUCUGGAGUCGCACCUCCGCCCAGCAUAUCCGCAAUCUGACUGGGUUCUCGGCCCAGCCUGAUGAACGAAACUUGCUGCUAUAUCUCACUAUGCGCUUUGCCACCGCCAUCCGCCAGAUUCAGAACCUGCGUGCUUAUCACGCGGGCGACAAACUUUUUGUGGAGGUGGACAUCGUGCUCUCGGCUAUUACGCCACUUAAAGACAGCCAUGACCUGAGUGAGGUACUGACUUAUUUCCUCGAGUCCGUUCCCAUUGUGGAUAGGGCGUUUGUCCAUGUAGAUUACUUGAGUUACAAUGCGCCUACACACAUGCUCAAGCAACCUGCUACAUGAUAGGGCCAAGUUGAUGAACUUUAUUUAAGGAAAGGCGGUUUUGUACGAUAUUACUACUACCAACAUCUCAUGAUAGCUACGAGGUUUUUGUUUGGUAUUUUUUUUAUUAAAGGGUUUAUAGAUUUGCUCAAUUAGUUGCGCUGGUCGCUGUUUAGAUAUAGACGCUCGGUGUUCUAAGAUAAUAAGCGAUAGUUCAAGGCAAGCGA